AGAGCGCGCGCUGCAGCGGGAGUCGGAGUCGGAGCCGCCGCGGCGAGCACCCGGCAGGGCGGGGCGCCGCCUCCCGAGCCGCACCGCGCGGCCGACGCGCUGCCGGGGGUCGCCCCGGGACAUGGAACGGCCGGCGGGGACGGCGGGCGGGCGCUGCGCCCCGGGCGGGCGGCCGGCGGCCUGAACUGCGGACUCAGGAUGCGCUCCGACGGCGCGGCCCCCGGGCCGGUGGCGCCGCUGUGCGGGGCGCUGAGCCUGGUGCUGGGCGCGCUGCUGGGCAAAGUGAUCGAGGGCCGAGGGGUCCCGGGCCCCACCCAGAGGUUCUCCUCGCCGCCGCCCUACCUGCCCGUGAGCUUCCGCGUCCUCCGAGCCGACACCUCCUUCCCCCUGCGGGAGGCCCGCCGGGACCCCGCGCUCAACGCCAGCCUGCAGGCCCGCGUGGAGUCCUUCCUCACCUACAGGGCCCGGCGGCCCCCGCGCGUCAACGCCACCUGCGGGCCCUUCUCGGUGGAGAAGGCGGUGCCUCUGGACGCGACCUCGACCUCUCCCGGCCCCACCGAGAAGUCUAGCUCCGACUGGAAGCUGCGGGCCCACAUCCUGCAGGACAAGAUCUACCCGGGCCGGCCGGUCGCGCAGGUCCUGUUCCACGUGCUGGGCCGGGACUGGGCCGAGCCGGGCCCCGCGGAGCCGCUGCCCUGCCUGCGGGUGUUCGCCUUCCGGGAGACGCGCGAGGUCCGGGCCGGCUGCCGGCCGCGGGGCGCGCUGGGGCUGUGCGUGGCCGAGCUGCGGCUGCCGCCCGCCUGGUUCAGCGCCCCCGCCGUGGUGGCCGGGAGGCGACGGCCCGCGGGCCCGGCCGAGGGGAGCCCCGUGGAGCUGUACUACACCGUGCACCCCGGGGACCACGGGCACGGGGACUGCGCCGGCGGUGACCUCAGGAAGGGCAACGCCAUCCGCCCCGGGAAGGACGGCCGGGAGGACGCCGCGUCCGCCCUGCAGAGGGUCGGGGCCGUGCGCCUCUACCGGGCCCAGGACCGCGGCGACCAGCUCCGCGAGCUGCGUCUGGGUGGCGGCGUGGCCGUCUGGCUGCCCUCCAGGCCGGCCAAGCAAGGGGACGUGGUCACCGCCUACGUCACCGUGACCGGCAACUCCACGGUCGACCUCUUCACCCUGAGGGCCAAGGUCAAGAAGGGGGUGAACGUCCUGAGCGCGCGGCCCAGCGAGCCCAGCCAGUGGGCGGUGCGGCAGGAGCUGGGGGCCGGCGGGAAGCACAGCACCAGCACUGUGGUCUGCCAGCGCCUGGGGCCCGGCGCCCACAACAGGAGCAGCACGCUCACCGAGGUCGUGCAGCUGAGCUUCGAGAUCGCCGGCUUCAGCAGCCUGUCGGGCUCGCAGCCCAUCGCCUGGCAGCUGGAGUCCCCGCGCGCGGGCGCCUCAGGCAGCGCCGUGUCCGAGCUCUUCAUCAGCCAGCAGGACCUGGUCGGCAUCGUGCCUCUGGCCGCGGACUCAGAGCUGCUCAACACCGCCAUCCUCACCGGGCGGACGGUCGCCCUGCCCCUCCGGGUGGUGUCGGUGGAGGAGAGCGGCGCCGUGGCCGACAUCUCGGAGUCCGUGGAGUGCACGUCGGCCGAUGAGGACGUCCUCAAGGUGUCCGACCGCUGUGACUACGUCUUCGUCAACGGGAAGGAGAUGAAGGGCAAGGUGGACGCGGUGGUGAACUUCACCUACCAGCACCUGAGCGCCCCCCUGCACGUCACCGUGUGGGCGCCCCAGCUGCCGCUGCAGAUCGAGGUCUCAGACACAGAGCUAAGCCAGAUCAAGGGCUGGCGGGUGCCCAUCGCAGCCAGUAAGAGGCCCGAGCGCGCCAGCGAGGACCAGGACCAGGAUGAGGACGAGGACGCCAGGCGGGGCCGGGGCUGCGCCCUGCAGUACCAGCGAGCCACCGUGCGCGUGCUCACCCGCUUCCUGGCCGAGGGCGCCGGGCCCUGGGCACAGCCCCGCCUCCUGCUCGGGCCUGACUGGCAGCUGGACAUCACCCACCUGGUGGCCGACGUCAUGAAGCUGGAGGCGCCGCACGUGGCCGCCCUGCUGGACGGGAGGGUCCUGGUCGGGCGAGAGGUUGGGAUGGCCACCAUCCAGGUGCUGUCCCCUCUGUCCGACUCCAUCCUGGCCGAGAAGACGGUGACGGUGUUAGAGGACAGAGUGUCGCUGACAGACCUGGCCGUCCAGCUGGUGGCCGGGCUGUCCCUCACCCUCCACCCCAGCACGGAGGACGGCAGGGUGGUCACGGCUGUGGCCGAGGCGGACGAGCUGCUGCGGGCCCCCAAGCAGGAAGCCGUGGUCAGCGCGUGGCUGCGGUUCAGCGACGGCUCGGUGGCGCCCCUGGACAUCUACGACGGCCGGGACUUCACCCUGAGCGCCUCCUCCCUGGACGAGGCCGUGGUGUCCGCGCCCCCGGCCCGCGCCCCGGGGUGGCCCGUGGUGGCGGCCGAAGGGGAGGGCCAGGGCCCGCUGGUGCGCGUGGACCUCAGCAUCGCCGAGUCCUGCCAGAAGUCCAAGCGCCGGAGCGUCCUGGCCGGCGGCACGGGCAGCGUCAGGGUCAAGUUCGGGCCGGAGGACGCGGACUCGGGCCCCGGCCGGGGCGGCGCGGAGGCGGCGGCGGAGGAGGACGUGGAGGGCGAGGAGGGCGAGAUCCGGAACCAGGCCAGUGACCGGCGGCCCAAGGGCGCGGAGGCCGAGCGCGCGGGCCCCGACGCGCCCCGGGAGCGAGAGGAGGGGACCCCGCGCCGGAGCGGCCCCACGGCCAGGCCGCUGCUGGACAACAAGGCGGCCAGGAGCAGCCGGCUGGACGCGGCCCGGCCGCCCGCCGACGGGCGGGUGCAGAACAUCCCGCUGGACCUGAGCCACUUCCCGGCGCCGGCGGGGGCCGGGGCGGGGCGGGCGGGCGGCGGCCUGGCUUCCGGGGCGCUCGGGGCGCCCGGGGCGCGCGGCCUCUCCGACCUGCAGAUCGGCAUGUUCGCGCUGCUGGGCGUCUUCUGCUUGGCCAUCCUGGUCUUCCUGGUGAACUGCUCCGCCUUCGCCCUCCGGUUCCGGCGCAAGCAGCUGCCCCCCGAAGGCCCCGCCGCCCCCGGGGCGACCCACUCGCACGACUGGGUGUGGCUGGGCCACGAGACGGAGCUGCUGGACGGCGUGGGCCAGGGGUCCCCGCCGCCCCCGCCGCCCGAGGAGCGCACGACCGUCCUGGACCGCGGGCCCGCGGGCGGCGAGGACAGCAGCCGCCUCCGGCUCCACGGGGUCGGCUCCCCGAAGCCGGCGCAGGGCCAGGCGCCGGGACCCUCGGCCGAUCCGGGGGGCUGGCCGAGCCGGGACCCUCGGCGGGAGCCCCCGCCCUCGCCCGGCUCCCGGAGGCGGAAGGUGCAGUUCGCUGCCAUCUCCCCUGGCGGCGGCGGCGGCGGCGGCGGCGGCGGCGGCGGCCCCACCGCCAACUCCGUCCCCAGCGGCCGGGACGAGGACCUCACGUGGGUGUGCCCGGACCUGGGCGGGGGCGCCCCCCACGAGCUGAGAAACUAUCUGGAGAAAUUCCAGGACGGGGUGUAG